GGAAUGGGGCGUCGCGCCGCUGCACGUGCGCGAGGGCGGCACCAUGCCCGUGGCCAGCCUCAUCGAGAAGCUGCUCGGCGCCCCCGCGCUACUAAUUCCCAUGGGCCAGUCGUCGGACAAUUGCCACCUCGCGAACGAGCGGCUGAGGCGCCUCAACCUCGUGAAAGGGAAGAACGUGGUGCGCCAUCUGUUGGAAGAGCUCGUCGCCGCGUCGGCGGGCGCGCGGCCCGCGGCCGCGCGCGCGGGCUCGGCGGCCGGGACGGCGGCGGCGAUCGCGGCGGCGAUGGGGGGCGGGGGGCUCGCGGACGGCGGCGCGGGCGCGGCAGCGGGGCUGUAG